AUGCAAGCAGUCGAGAAGCUCAAUCCUGGGGAAGGAGUCAAAACAAAAUUUAUCCUCGAGUUUGUCCGCCUAUGUACUCUGCUGAAUGAAAAAGUGCUCAUCUUCAGCCAGUACAUUCCGCCCUUGGACCUGAUCAAAGAGCAUCUGACCGCGACCUUCCAGUGGAACGACAGAAAGGAAAUUCUGAGGCUGGAAGGAAGGCUACAGAAGAAGCAACGUCUGAAUGUGAUCGACGCAUUCAACGAUCCAGAAAAUGAUUCGAAGAUCAUGCUGGCGUCGACGAGGUGCUGCUCUGAGGGAAUAAGUCUGGUUAGGGCUUCAAGGGUCAUUCUGCUCGACGUCGUCUGGAAUCCUUCAGUCCAACAGCAGGCGAUUUCUCGGGCUUAUAGGAUUGGGCAAACGAAGUUUGUCCAUGCUGCUGGCACGAGUGAGGCCGAAAAAUAUUGCCGUCAAGCUGAGAAAGAGCGGCUAUCGGAGUUAGUCUUCUGCUCUUCUUCGAACGAGGACAUAGCAAAGCAGCAGAUGCCGGAGAUUAAGGAUAAGAUUCUCCAAGGGUUGGUCGAGCACGUAAUGACGAAAGAUACAUUUGAAAAGAUCAUCCACCAGCCGAAGAGCGGCAACUUGAUCCAGUCCUUACGCAUCAAUGGUUGA